AUGGCGAGCGGCACUGAAGAUUUAAAAGUGGGGACGUUGUUCAGCUUCCACCAGCUCAUUGUGCUCGUGACUGGCGGAUCUUCUGGAAUUGGAGAAAUGAUUGCGGAAGCAUUUGUCCAGAAUGGCGCUCAUGUGAUCAUUGCUAGCAGAAAACAGAAAGAGCUGGACAGUACCACAAUGAGACUGAACAAGCUAGGUCCUGGUCGAUGUGAAUACAUCGUUGCAGACCUCAAAGACAAGGCUGGAGCAAAUGCGCUGGUCAGCGAUGUCAAAUCUAGAGUAUCACGCUUGAAUGUGUUGGUCAACUGUGCUGGAGCUUCCUGGGGAGGACCAUUCGAUGAUUUCCCAGAAAUGGGUUGGGAUAAACUUAUGGCUCUGAACGUGAAGUCCAUUUUCUACUUGUCCGCAGGGCUGCGACCUCUGCUACAGAAGAAUGCAACUGAUGUCUUCCCUUCUCGAAUCAUCAACGUAGCUUCAAUUGCAGGCAUCCGAACGACAGACGUCACGUCUGGCGCAGACGGAGGUCUCGCAGCACCGGGAAACGGCACUUUCUCCUACGGUCCCUCAAAGGCAGCGGUAAUCCACUUGACGAAGCAAAUGGCUUCCAAAUUUGCACCACUUCAUAUCAACGUGAACGUCGUCUGCCCUGGCGUAUUUCCCAGCCGCAUGACUGCGUACGGAAUACAGGUGGCGCUUCCAACCCUCUUAGCAAGGCAGCCAACGGGUAGAAUUGGCAGGCCGAGCGAUAUCGCUGGGCUGGUACUCUUUCUCAGCUCGUUGGGCUCGGCACAUAUGACAGGAUCUACAUUUGAGAUUGACGGAGGAAGUAACUCGAGUGGGUGGAAGACGAAGGUUUCCGCACCGCUCGUGGAGCAGGCAAGGAACAACAGUAAACUAUAG